UACCGGACGUCCCGCCCAGCGGAGCCCUGAAAUCCUUAAAAGCAGCUCACUGCUGCUCUCCUCUCACUUCACUUCGCUGCAGUCGGAGCUCGUCUGGACUUUGGGAACAGUACUGUUAUUUUAACUGCAUUUUCCAGCUGCAAACAUGGCUCAGAUCAACAUCUGCCUCAAACGCAUCUUCACUGUCUUCAACAUAUUCUUCAUCGUUGUUGGUGCAGUGGCCAUCGUCCUCGCUCUGUGGUGCCAGUUCUUCAUGGACAAUCGAGGAGGACACAACCUGGAGGGUCGCGCCACCCAACUCUUCUUCCUCUACAUGGUGGGCUGCAUCACCAUGAUGAUCGCUGUGCUGGGAGCCUACGGAGCCCACAAGGAGAGCAAAGUGGCCCUGAUCAUGUUCCUGGUGUUUAUGGUCUUUGGAUCCCUGCUGAUGCUCAUAAUUGGAAUCCCUGCUGCCAUCAUUUAUCCUCAGCUCAAAGGCAUUGCGGAGGAGACCUUCAGUGGGUUUGUGCCUCUGGACAAAUCUGAGGAUGUGAGCAACAUGGCUGAGGCCAUUCAGGAGAAGUUUCACUGCUGUGGUCUGUUCAGCUACAAAGACUGGGAGAACAUCCCCGACUCCUGUGUGUGCAGCCAGGAGGAGGAGAAGGAGGGCAAGUGCCAGACUGUCGAAAACAACACUUUCAUGCUGCAGAGAAAGUCCGUCUACACUAAGACCUGCUUUCCCACCAUCAUGGACUACAUCCAGUUUAUUAGCAAAAUCAGUCUUGCAGUAAGCUUCACUCUGGCUGUUCUAGCUCUGCUUGGCAUGAUUCUGUCCUCCAUCAUGAUCCACCAGCUGUAUUACCCCAACAGAGCCAGCAUCAUGGUCUCCGUGAUGCCACCAAAAUACAAGGAGCUGCACAACUACCCGGCAUACUAGCCAAAGUACGAUGCAUUUUUUUUCUUUCAUAGAGUCCUGUUUUUUGUUUUCUUUAAUUUCAAAGUGAAAUAUUUUUCAAGCAGCAUGAAAAAUUUCACUGCUUUUCUGAUGCAUAGAAAUUGUUCUUUUCAUGUGACUUUUUCUGUUUGUGUUGAAAAAAAAAAGUUUUUAAAUUCAAAAUGGGAUACAUAUCACAUAUGCCUACAGCUGCAUUCGAUCCAUUUUUCUUCCUCUCUCGUUGUCCCUCCUUGUUCAUCAUUGAGUUGGCUGUAGAGCAGGUCAUCUGCUAAUUGGAUGGUUGUUGGUUCAAUCUCUGUGUGCUCUAGUCUGGAGUUCUUACCAAGGUGUUGAUUAGAAGAGAGCAGAAUAAACCGGAGAGGUCUUCUGCCCCAUCUCAUCAGGAGGAGAUAAAACGGGAGCCGAGGCCGCUACUUAGGCGCCGUGUGAGAGAAAGAAUGUGCAUGUCUCAAGAUUCUUCAAACCUUGACAACAGGCAUAAAAUUCUCCAAAAUUUAGAGACAGAGUGGAAUUCUAGAUAAACAUAAUUUAGCGAACCACAGAAGGAUGGCGUUGGACAUCCUCAGGGUGGAGGAUCAGCAGUCCAAUGUGAUAGUGUCCUUGGGCAAGUUACUGAACCCCAACUUGGUCUCUGAUGCAUCUAUUGGCAUGUGAACGUUAAAAAGCAGAAUACAAGCAGAAUACACUGUGUAUAGUGCUUUCAGUACUCGAGUAGCAAAGCCACUGAAGGAGUAUGGGACCUGGCAUAUGUGCUUGGACCGUGAUAGAUUGUCUUUCUCUGUGGCACAUGAGAGAGUCAUGCAUCGUCUGUCACUGGGAAGGAUAGAAGACCAGAUCAAUGUUUCCUCACAUUACUGCAAAUAUCCCUCUGUCUCAGCUGACUCCUCUUUCUUGCUUGAUUUGCUUGAUUCUUUGUGUUCAUCAUAGUUGAAAUGGAUGAUGUGUAGUCCUCUGACACACCUUCUAUUUGAGUUUCACAUUCUGAAAAUUCAAGAAACUUCAAGAAACCCAGUCACUUUCUUUCCAAGCUCCUCAGACUACCAUGUCCUGGAUGCCUGAGAACCUACUUGAACAUAGUUCAGAUUCUUCAUCACUUUUCUUCACUUCAUAACCUUGUUCCACUUCUGCAGGUGGGUGAUGUGCUUUUUCAGAGAAAGGCAUGUGCUCUAAAUAUUGACAAUAUUUUCUUUAUCUUCUAACCCUGGAUCUUCCUGAACAUUGAUUCUCCCUCCUCAUUAUACUAGAGGACAGUAUAUGCUUUGUUCUACUGGUCAUUGCUUUGCACAACAUGGUAAAAAAAAGUAUGCUCAUCAAAGUAUGCAAAUCUCUAGUGCAAUGAAGGCUUGUGAGCAUACUUUCUGUGUAUGUAUUAUUGUAGGGUCUACCUUACAAUACGAAGCACCUUGAUGUGACUGUUGUUGUGAUUUGGCGCUGUAUAAAUAAAAUUUCAUUGAAUAUAGA